AUGAGAUUCUUACACUUUUUCUUCGUGGUGAUCGCUGUUCUGAUUGCAAGUGCUGGUCGUGCUUCUGGAUCGAAGCUGACGCCUGCUAUAAGCUUCAAAUACUCCCCCACCAAGAGGUUGCUGAGAGCCGACAUUACCAAUGGGGAAGAAAGGGUUGUUAACAUUCCGGGUUUUGACAAAAUCUCAAAAGCACUAACGUCGAGUAAGACUAAGGAACUUCAGAAUCGGCUCAAGGCCGACGAGUCUCUCGGGAAUGCCUUCAAGACAUUAGGUCUCAGCACAAUGCCUAUCGGUAAAAACAAUUUUAUCGAAAGGAAAAUGGUGGCUAAGCUCCUUUCGAGCAGAAGCUUCCAAGUCUGGUCCCAGCAUGCCGCGAAGAUUAAUAAACAGGACCCUGCAGGCGAGAUGCUCACAGCACUCACGAGCGUAUUCGGCGAGAAGACGGUGGCGAUUAUGAUCGACUUGGGGAAGCAUUCGUGGGGUUCGAGCACUGUCGCCAAGCAAUUGGAGAGGGCCCAGUUCGACAAGUGGUAUGCCAAAAACUUAUAUUUAACAGCGGAUGAUGCUCUGAAGAAUGUGCUGAAAGUGAAAAGGAGUGAAAUCCAUGCCAACCCCCGGGAGAAAUUUGUUUGGGAAGCUUACUCGAAGUAUAUCCUGAACAGAGUGAUGAAGUAUUAA